AUGGCGGAGGGCUCGGAACACGGGGUAAUGGACUGGAAGUUGAUGAUGGCGGAGGACUCGGAACACGGGGUAACGGUCUCUGGUGAGUUAGGAUGUGGACAAAAGGACUACGUCACUCAUGACCCUAGGCUAAAGACAGAAGAGGAAAAUGACUCAAUCCAAAAUGCGCCAGGGCUCAGGACAUGGGAAAUGGACAGUCAGUCAGAAAUCGCUGGGGACUCGGGACACUGGCAAAAGGACAUUAGGAUGAAGUGUACCAAUGUGAACAAAGUCAAUGUGAACAAAGUCAAUGUGAACAAUGUCAAUGUAAACAAAGUCAAUGUGAACCAUGUCAACGUGAACAAUGUCAAUGUAAACAAAGUCAAUGUGAACAAUGUCAAUGUAAACAAAGUCAAUGUGAACCAUGUCAACGUGAACAAAGUCAAUGUGAACCAUGUCAACGUGAACAAUGUCAAUGUAAACAAAGUCAAUGUGAACAAUGUCAAUGUAAACAAAGUCAAUGUGAACCAUGUCAACGUGAACAAAGUCAAUGUGAACAAAGUCAAUGUGAACAAAGUCAAUGUAAACAAAGUCAAUGUAAACAACGCCAAUGUAAACAAAGUCAAUCUAAACAAAGUCAAUGUGAACAAAGUCAAUGUAAACAAAGUCAAUGUGAACAAUGUCAAUGUAAACAAAGUCAAUGUAAACAAAGUCAAUGUGAACAAAGUCAAUGUGAACAAAGUCAACGUGAACAAUGUCAAUGUGAACAAAGUCAAUGUGAACAACUUCAUUGUGAACAAAGUCAACGUGAACAAUGUCAAUGUGAACAAAGUCAAUGUAAAGAAAGUCAGUGUGAAGAAAGUCAGUGUGAAGAAACCAUAUAUGGAUUGCUUUUUGUACAUGAAUCAAAGUUACGCACCAAGGAAAAUAUCUGUUACCCCAAUGUAA